UGAGCGUUGCAGUUCACUGAAGAGAUCAAAAUGAAAGUUAGAUUUUGGGCGACCAUUUGUUGUCAUUUCAGUUUUUAGCUCGGUGAUGAUCGACUAAAAGAAGCCUGGAAACGUCGUGGAAACUAGUCUAGUGAUACAAGUACCUCUCCUUCAGAGGAGGAGCUGAAUACUUCCUCAAAGGUCACACUGAAGUGAAAGUAAAGUAGUUGUGAGUGACGCAGAGCUUUAGUCCAGACGAGCCUCUCUGUUUCUCUCCAAAGAAACAACUGAAUCCAGCAGCUUCUCAUCAACAACACAACAGGAUCUGUGACAAACUCUGAGCGUCGAUAUGUCUGCUGCCAGCUGUCUGCUGACUGAAGAUCGGUUCCUGUGCUCCAUCUGUCUGGAUGUCUUCACUCAUCCAGUCACCACACCAUGUGGACACAACUUCUGUAAAGCCUGCAUCACUGACCACUGGGACGUUAAUGUCCCGCCUAACUGUCCCAACUGUAAAGAGGGUUUUAACACCAGACCUGAACUUCGGGUCAACACGUUCAUCUCUGAGAUGGCUGCUCAGUUCAGACUGUCAGCUCAACAGAAAGCCAGCAGCAGCAGCUCAGAGCAACAAGCUGCCCAACCAGGAGAAGUUCCCUGUGACGUCUGCACUGGAACCAAAGAGAAGGCCCUCAAGUCCUGCCUGGUGUGUCUGGUCUCCUACUGUGAGGCUCACCUGGAGCCUCAUCUGACUACGUCAGGUCUGAAGAGACAUCAGCUGAUGGACCCUGUGGUGAACUUUGAAGGCAGGAUGUGUACGAAGCACGAUAAACUGCUGAAGCUGUUCUGUAAGACCGACCAGAUGUGUGUCUGCAUGCUCUGCACUGUUUUAGACCACAAGAACCAUGAUGUUGUUCCUCUGAGAGAAGAAUAUAAAGGAAAGAAGGCUGAGCUGGGGAAGACUGAGGCUGAAGUCCAGCAGAUGAUCCAGAAGAGACGACUGAAGAUUCAGGAGAUCAAACACUCAGUGAAACUCAGUGAGGAACAAGCAGAGAGAGAGGUACUAGAAGGUGUCCUGGUCUUCAGCGCUCUGAAGGAGUCUGUUGAGAGAAGCCAGGCGGAGCUCAUGGACACCAUCAAAGAGAAGCAGAGAAAGACACAGAAAGAGGCUGAAGGCUUCAUCAAAGAGCUGGAACAGGAGAUCUCUGAGCUGAAGAAGAGAAGCACUGAGGUGGAGCAGCUCUCACGCUCUGAAGACCACCUCCACCUCCUCCAGAGCUUCAGGACCCUGAACACUGCUCCACCCACCAAGGACUGGACAGGAGUCAGAGUCAGUCUACCUUCAUAUGAGGGGACUGUGGUGAGAGCAGUGAACCAGCUGGAGAUGAAGCUCAGUAACCAGAUGAAGAAGCUGCUGGAAAAGAAGCUGAAGAGAGUCCAGCAGUCUGCAGUGGAUGUGACACUCGAUCCUGAUACAGCACAUCCUAAGCUCAUCCUGUCUGGUGAUGGAAAACAAGUUAAACUUGGAGAUGUAUGGAAGAAUCUACCAGACAAUCCAGAGAGAUUCAAUGAUUGUGUUAUUGUUUUAGGAAAGCAGAGUUUCUCUUCAGGUAGAUUUUACUACGAGGUUCAGGUUAAAGAGAAGACUGGCUGGGAUUUAGGAGUCGUGAGAAGGUCCAUCGACAGGAAGGGAAGCAUCUCAGUGUCUCCUCAGAAUGGUUACUGGACGAUUCGUUUGAGGAAUGAGAAUGAGUACAAAGCUCUUGAUGAUCCUCCAUUCCGUCUCUCUCUGGAGUCCCGGCCUGAGAAGGUGGGGGUGUUUGUGGAUUAUGAGGAGGGUCUGGUCUCCUUUUAUGACGUUGGUUCUGCAGCUCUGAUCUACUCCUUUACUGGCUGCUGCUUCACUGAGAAACUCUACCCGUACUUUAGUCCAAGUCUAAAUUAUAAGGGUAAAAACUCUGCUCCUCUGAUCAUCUCUGCUGUCAAUCACACGGAGUAGAACAGACAUUUGUUUAAAGAGAUUCUUUAAUUGAUAAUUCCAUAAAUCCAUAUCAUUGAUCAUUUUCUGUGUAAAUGUUGAUUUUUCACUUUCAGAUCAAUGUGUUAUUCCUAUUUUUCUAUUUCCUGUGAUUAAUCACGUUUUAACCUCCAACACAAACAACUGAUGGAUGAUCUGAUGUAGUCUGAUUUAUUAUAAUAACAACAUCAUUUGACUUUAGUCACAAAUAAGAAGCCUUCUCUGAAUCCUUAAAUAUCUGGGUGUCAAAUGUUAUACUUUAUUCUCUUCUUGUUGUAAAUUACUUGAAAUGAAAAUUGGCACAAUUAUUGGAACAGGAAAUGUAGCCCUGUGAGCUUGGGGGGCGGCUGAUGUGCAGCUGCAGAUUAGUGGCGUCAUGGUUUGGGUUCUUGUCUUGUUUUAUUUUGUAGUCUUGUGUCCCUGUGGUAACUUCACUUCCUGCCUUGUCCUGUCUUCCCCUGUGAUUGUCUUCAGUGUCCAUAAUUGUUUCCACCUGUGUCCAAUCACCUGCACCUCCCUUGUGUAUUUAAGCCCUGUGAGUCUCUUGUCCUUUGUCGUGUCAUUGUUCAUGUCCGUGAUCUGCAUCUCAUUGUAGUUUGAGUGUUGAAUUUUGUUUUGUUUUUUGGGUUUAGAACCUUUUGACUAUUAAAGUCUAUUUUUGUU